AAUGACGUCAGAAACUCGAGGCGUAAGCGAGAUGCCAAUGGGGUGAUACAUCGUCAGAAACCUGGACUCUGUCUCCGUAGUUGGAAGUUGGAUUUCCUUCACGUUUUAAUGCUGCCAAUUUUACACGAGAUAUCGUGACGAGAUUUCGCGCGAGCCUGUUGCUGUUAACGGCGGGAAAAGAUCGCGCCAACCGAAAGUUUUUUCCACUUUGAUGCAGGAUAAAUAUUGAUAUCAUAAACAUGUCUGAUCACUUUGGACCAAUUACUUUGAAAUGGGAUCCCAAAAACUUGGAGAUACGGACUAUGUCCGUAGAGAAAACAUUAGAGCCGCUAGUGCUUCAAGUUACCACAUUAGUGAACACAAAAGGUCCCAGCAAGAAAAAGAAAGGAAAAUCAAAGAGAGCCAGUGCGCUUGUUGGAACUGUAGAAAAGGCGACUACUAAUUUUAUCGAAAAAGGUGAAAAAAUCGCCUAUGAAAAUCCAGACAUUACAGCAGAAAUGUUAAGCGCAGUUGAAGAAGUGAGAAAAACAGGUGCAGCAAUGAGCAUUGCUGCAAGAGAAUUUUCCGAGGAUCCAUGCUCGUCGCUGAAACGCGGCAAUAUGGUACGCGCUGCAAGAAACUUAUUGUCAGCGGUGACGCGUUUGCUUAUUUUAGCAGACAUGGUUGAUGUUCACUUGCUUUUGAAAUCAUUGUACGUAGUGGAGGAUGAUCUGAAAAAGUUGAAGAACGCUUCCUCACAGGGCGAAUUAAUUCAGAAUAUCAAGGAAUUUGGCAGAAACGCCGCCGAAUUGAUUCAUCAGGCGGCCAAGCGUCAACACGAGCUGAAGGAUCCACAGCUCAGAGAUGAUUUGGCAGCUGCUCGGGCUGUCCUGAAGAAACAUUCCACCAUGUUGCUUACCGCGUCGAAAGUAUAUGUGCAGCACCCCGAUCUGGCGGCAGCCAAGGCGAAUCGCGAUUACGUACUGAAGCAGGUGUGCGAAGCCGUGAACACGAUAAAUGAUGUUGCUCAAGGGAAAACUCCGCCUGACAGUCAGCAUCCUUAUGAAGGUCCGGGCGAGUUGGCCGCUGCAUUGGAUGACUUCGACGAGAGAAUGGUGAUGUCUCCGCUCGCAUACAACGAGGUUCGUACACGGCCGAGUCUCGAGGAGAGAUUGGAAAGUAUUAUCAGCGGGGCGGCAUUGAUGGCGGAUUCAUCGUGCACCAGAGACGAACGUAGAGAGCGCAUCGUCGCUGAAUGUAACGCGGUCAGACAGGCGCUUCAGGAUCUUCUGAGUGAAUAUAUGAAUAACUUACAGCGCGCUCGGGGUGGGAAACGGAUGGGUGUCAAGGAACAAUCUGAAGGCUUAGAGAGAGCGAUAGAUCACAUGUGCAGAAAGACCCGUGAUCUUCGCCGACAAUUACGCAAAGCUGUAGUUGAUCACGUGUCGGAUAGCUUCUUGGAAACGAGCGCGCCGUUACAAGCUCUGUACGAAGCAGCGGAGAAGGGUUGGAUCAAGGAAGUGGAAGAGUAUGCGCUUAUUUUCACGGAACAUGCAAAUAAACUUGUAGAGGUUGCGAAUCUGGUGUGCAGUAUGUCCAAUAACGAAGAUGGCGUAAAAAUGGUACGUUACGCCGCAGCGCAAAUAGAAAAUCUAUGUCCACAGGUGAUCAACGCUGCGCGCGUGUGGGCUGCGCGAAACACGAAUGUCGCGAAGGACAAUAUGAAGGUAUUCCGCCAGGCGUGGGAAAAUCAGAUGCGCGUAUUGACAGAAGCUGUGGAUGAUAUUACCACGAUCGACGAUUUCCUGGCAGUCUCCGAGAAUCAUAUCCUGGAUGAUGUCAACAAAUGUGUCUUGGCGUUACAAGUACGUCCCGGUGACGCUGAUACUCUAGACAGACAUGCGGGUGCAAUACUCGGCCGUUCCGCCAGAGUGUGCAACGUCGUGCAAGCCGAAAUGGACAAUUAUGAACCGUGCAUUUACACUAAGCGAGUUCUUGAAGCAGUGAAGGUUCUCAGAGAACAAGUGAUGCCCAACUUUGAGCAACGAGUGGAAGAGGCUGUAAAUGCUCUGCGUAACAAUCCGGCGCAAGAAGUGGACGAGAACGAUUUCAUCGACGCGUCUAGACUGGUGUACGACGGAGUUCGCGAAAUUAGGCGAGCCGUGCUCAUGAACAGGGCGGAUGAAGACCUGGAUCCUGAAGAUGUGGAACUGGAUGAGCAUUACACGUUAGAAACGCGUAGCAAGUCUAGCGCUCAGACCGGGGAACAUGGUGUGGAUGAGUACCCGGAGAUCAGUGGUAUCACGACUGCCCGUGAAGCAAUGAGAAAGAUGCCGGAGGAAGAUAAGCAGAAGAUCUUGCAGCAGGUCGAAUAUUUCAAGAGCGAGAAACUCAAAUUCGAUAAAGAGGUGGCGAAGUGGGACGAUGCCGGCAAUGACAUUAUCGUUCUCGCUAAACACAUGUGCAUGAUUAUGAUGGAGAUGACAGACUUUACUCGCGGUCGAGGUCCCUUGAAAACGACUAUGGAUGUCAUAAAUGCGGCAAAGAAGAUCUCUGAAGCUGGCACAAAGCUGGACAAGCUGACUAGACAGAUUGCCGAUCAGUGUCCGGAAAGUUCCACAAAAAAGGAUCUCUUGGCGUACCUGCAACGUAUAGCGCUCUAUUGUCACCAGAUGAAUAUUACGAGUAAAGUGAAGGCAGAUGUGCAAAAUAUUAGUGGCGAACUGAUCGUCUCCGGUCUAGAUAGCGCGACUUCUCUCAUACAGGCUGCCAAAAAUUUGAUGAAUGCCGUUGUGCUUACAGUGAAGGCUUCUUACGUCGCAUCGACAAAGUAUCCACGACAAUCUACGGUAACGUCUCCUAUCGUCAUAUGGAAGAUGAAGGCUCCGGAGAAGAAACCGUUAGUACGUCCCGAGAGACCUGAAGAGGUGAGAGCGAAAGUGCGUAAAGGUUCGCAAAAGAAGGUGCAGAAUCCUAUACAUGCACUUUCGGAAUUUCAAAGCCCUACCGAGAGCGUAUAAGCUCUGCCGAUGUAAGUAAACAAAAAACAGAACGUAAUGUAUUAAAUAUAUAUAUAUAUAUAUAUAUAUAUAUAUAUAUAUAUAUAUAUAUAUAUAUACAUACAGCAUCACCUUUCAAGAGUUAUGUAAGGUCAAAAUAUUUUAUUUUCGAUGAAGUUUAAAAUGUGAACGAUAUAGAAUGUUUCGAUCAUUCCACGGUAUACUACACAUGAAUAUACAAUUUAAAUAUGUUAACUAUUAGUUUUUAAUCGAGAACAAUAAUCACAGUAAUAAAAACGAAUAAUACAUAAUCCUAAAAAAAUAACCAAUGCAAUUGUGAGGAGCCGUUUUAACGAUCGAAGAAAAUUAGAAAUUAAGAAAGGCUGAGAGACAUACACACAAUCAUCAUAUUUAAUCUUACAGGGGCACAAUUAAGUAUAAUAAGGAUUUUGUGUUACAAAUCAUAUUUAUUUGUAAGUCCAUAUAGUAUGAUUGUAUUUGAGAGUUUUUACUCGCAUAAUGAAAAAUCUUUAUAUUAUCUAUUAAAUUUUUUUAACUGUAAGAAUGACAUAUACACAUUUCACUCAUGCAACAAAUUACAAGAAUCCUAUUAUUUCCUACAUACUAAUUUAUUUUUCGAUAAUACAAUAUAUUUUUUAUUGGUUCAUAUUAUUUUAUAUAACUUUAUAUUGGUGAUUUUUAUUCUAUGUAUAUUUAUUAUGAAAAUUUUUUAAUAUUAGUAUCUACUUGGAUGUAAUAACGUUUAGAUUAGAAAUAUAUCUUUAUGUAAAUUUUUUCUUCUUAUAGUAAAUUCUAUUAUUCUUAUUUUUUUUGUGAAGAAUUGAGUUUAUAUGAGGUCAAUAAAACUGAUCAUGGAUUGACACAGUAUUGUAUCGAAAUAAAGAGACUGCAGAUUAUAUAGUAUUUACUAUAUUAACUUGUAUAUAAGUAAAUAUAUUACAGUUAUGGGCGAAUAUCAUUUUUAAUUUUUAUAUUACAAACAACUAAAUGAGUAGGAAUAUGUGAAUGUGAAAAAAAAAUUCCAAUUCCCAUUUAGUCCAUAUCCUAAUGAUAAUAAUCUUUUUAUUAUUAAUUUUAUUUUGAUAAUUAAACAUAUAUCAGAAUUGAUGUGUGUUAUAUAUUAAUUAUAUUGUACUCCAUAUAUACAAUGUAACAUUUGCAAUACAAGUAAGAUUUUAAUUACUGUGAAAGGCCAAAAGAAGAAAACCAGAGAGCAAUAUAUUCAGCUCUAU